UCCUUUUUCUCUCUUACUCUGUUUUGUCUCUUUUCUUUUUCAGUGCUUUUUUGCCAUUUUUGGAUUAAUCAUGCCAGUUUCCAGCGUGAGAGAGAGGGUGCAAGACACCCUCUCUAACCACCGGAACGAGUUGAUCUCUCUUCUCUCAAGUUAUGUUACUGGGGGCAAAGGAUUACUACAACCACAUGACUUACUGGAUCAUGUUGAAAAGAUUCUUCAAGAGGAUGAAGGGAUGCAGAAACUCAAAGAAGGUCCCUUUGUUCAAGAGCUAGAAUCUGCACAGGAAGCCAUAAUUCUACCACCUUUUGUGUCUAUAGCUUUGCGUCCAAGACCUGGUGUUUGGGAGUAUUUUCGGAUUAAUGCAUUUGAACUCAGUGUAGAUAGUCUGAAUGUUGCAGAGUAUCUCCGAUUCAAAGAAGAACUAGUAGAUGGAGAGUGCAGUGACAAGUAUAUGCUUGAACUAGACUUUGAGCCAUUUAAUGCGACAUUCCCUAGACCAACUCGAUCAUCCUCUAUUGGUAAUGGUGUUCAAUUUCUCAACCGUCAUCUGUCAUCAUUCAUGUUUCGUAACGAAGAAAGUUUGGAUCCUCUCCUCGCAUUUUUACGCUCACACAGAUAUGAUGGUCAUGCAAUGAUGGUAAAUAACCGGAUUCAUAACAUAUCCAACCUUCAGUCUUCCUUGGCAAGGGCAGAAGAAAUACUUUCGAAUCUCCAACCCAAUACACCGUAUUCUGGCUUUGAAUAUGAACUACAAGGAUUGGGAUUUGAGAGAGGUUGGGGUGAUACAGCAGAGAGCGUGUUAAACAUGGUGCAUCUUCUACUAGACAUCCUUCAAGCUCCUGAUCCAAACAUCGUAGAGUCAUUUCUGGGAAGAAUUCCUAUGGUUUUCAAUGUUGUAAUUGUAUCACCAGCUGGUUACUUUGGCCAAGUAAAUAUUCUGGGCUUGCCUGAUACUGGUGGACAGAUUGUUUAUAUACUUGAUCAAGUUCGUGCUUUAGAGAAGGAGAUGCUGGUCAGAAUUCAAAAACAAGGACUUGAUGAUGUGUCUCCAAAAAUUCUGAUAGUUACUAGAUUGAUACCAGAGGCAAAAGGGACAACUUGCAAUCAGAGACUGGAAAGAGUUAGUGGAACUGAGCAUUCAUAUAUACUGAGAGUACCCUUUAGAACUAAGAAUGGAAUUUUGAGAAAAUGGAUUUCAAGGUUUGACAUGUGGCCUUAUCUAGAGACAUUUGCAGAGGAUGCAUCACACGAAAUUGCAGCUGAGUUACAAGGAAUUCCUGAUCUGGUAAUUGGCAACUACAGUCAUGGAAAUCUUGUUGCAACCUUGUUAUCUUAUAAGCUAGGAAUCACACAGUGCAAUAUAGCUCAUUCAUUGGAGAAGACUAAGCAUCCUGGCUCUGAUAUAUAUUGGAAAAAGUAUGAAGACAAGUACCAUUUUUCUUGUCAAUUCACAGCUGAUCUUAUUGCAAUGAACAAUGCGGAUUUUAUAAUCACUAGUACAUACCAAGAAAUUGCAGGAAGCAAGAACAAUGUUGGACAAUAUGAGAGCCACUCUGCCUUCACUCUUCCAGGACUCUAUCGUGUUGUUCAUGGCAUUGAUGUUUUUGAUCCUAAGUUUAAUAUCGUGUCUCCUGGUGCAGACAUGGGCAUAUAUUUUCCAUUCUCAGACAGAGAAAAGAGGCUAACUUCUCUCCAUGGCUCGAUUCAAGAACUUAUAUAUGGUGAUGAACAGAAUGAAGAACAUGUUGGCUCGAUAAAUGAUAGAGCAAAGCCAAUUAUCUUUUCUAUGGCAAAACUUCUUCCAGUGAAGAACAUAACCGGGCUUGUUGAAUGCUUUGGUAAAAGCUCCAAGUUGAGAGAACUUGUGAAUCUUGUGGUAGUAGGUGGCAACAUUGAUGCACAAAAGUCUAGGGACACAGAAGAAAUGGGGGAGAUAGAGAAAAUGCAUAGCCUCAUAGAAAAAUAUAACUUGCACGGCCAAUUUCGUUGGAUAAAGGCCCAAGUGAACCGUGCUCGUAAUGGAGAGCUCUACCGUUGUAUUGCUGAUGUCAAAGGUGCUUUUGUGCAGCCUGCAUUUUAUGAAGGGUUUGGUCUAACAGUUGUGGAAGCAAUGACUUGUGGUCUUCCUACAUUUGCCACUUGUCAUGGUGGCCCUGCUGAGAUAAUUGAGCAUGGAGUUUCUGGAUUUCAUAUUGAGCCACAUCAUCCGGAUGAAGUUGCUGCAAAUUUAAUAAACUUUUUUGAGCAAUGCCAGCAUGAUCCUGCCAACUGGAACAAGAUUUCUGAUGCAGCUCUAAGCCGCAUUCAUCAGAGGUAUACAUGGAAGAUAUACUCUGAGAGGCUUCUCACUUUAGCUGGUGUCUAUGGAUUCUGGAAGCAUGUCUCGAAGCUUGAGAGGAGAGAAACUAGACGAUACUUGGAGAUGUUCUACAUUCUCAAGUUCCGGGAUUUGGUACAGGGAAUUCCGAUGGCGGUUGAAUAGCAUCUUUGACUCAGUUGAAGGAGUUUUUCUGCUUAAUGUUUACUGAUGAAGUUCACUUGCAGAAUAAAUGGCAAUUCUAUAUGUUUUUGUUUUGUAAAUUUAUUUUUCUUUGUUUUAAUUUUUUUUGAAAAAAAACAAAAUCUCUUUUUUACUAGAUGUUUUUGUAUGCAAUUAUUCUGUUGUAUUAAUUAUUUGUAUGUUCUUUGCAUAUCACCCCCAAGAUGAAAUUUCAAUAAUGAAAAUUAAUUAAAUGCUCAGCAAAAA